GCUCCAGAUGCGCAGGCUCCGUGGCCAUGGCUCACGGACCCAGGUGCUCCGUGGCAUGUGGGAUCUUCCCAGACCGGGGCACGAACCCAUGUCCCCUGCAUCGGCAGGCGGACUCUCAACCACUGCGCCACCAGGGAAGCCCGAAGCAUCCAGUUUUAUCUUCUGGAUACCCAAGGACACAUGUGGAUGAAGUCUUCGAACUCUGGUGAGGAUUUUAUGUUUACAGCACCUCUCCAUGUGGAUGCCCACUUUUCACCAGAAAUGCUUGAUCUCUGUUGAGGUUGCAUAAAAUGUACAGUUGAAAAGGUAGAGAGAAUGGCUCAAGAUGGCGGAGUAGAAGGACGUGCUGUCACUCCCUUUUGCGAGAGCACCGGGGUCACGGCUAACUGCUGAACAGUCAUCGACAGGAGGACACUGGAACACACCAAAAAGGACACCCCACAUUCCAAAGACAAAGGAGAAGCCACAGUGUGACGAUUUUGGAAGUCUUCUUCUGGGAGUUGCCAGCAGUGCCAAGUGUUGGAGAAAUCUUUUCUGCCCCUCUGAUAGAGUGAAGUGAGCAAACGCAACCUAGCAGAAGGCUCGUGAAGAGAGCACUCACAGAGAAGGUGCUGCACUUGUACUUUCAGCGGUGGGAUUUGCGCAAUCAGCGGUGAUGAGUGUAUGAGCAUUUUUAAUUAGUCUUCAUGACCUCUGUCUAAUGUAAUCAGAAACCCUCGAUCAGCAUAGAGAUUUAUCAUCAAUCAUUCAUCAUCUUCUGAGGUUUCGAAGGUGACAAUGAAAUGUGAAGAAGUUACAUUUCUACUGUGAUACUUGAAAGUUAGUGACUGCUUACCAAAUUUUCAUGAAAAUUAAAUAUGACUUAGAAGCAUUUGGUUUUUGAAGGCUUAUGAUGUCAUCGGUUGCGACAGAAGGCAAACUCCGGCAGGCUGUGAGCUUGCAGGGAGUUGACCCAGAAACAUGCAUGAUUGUAUUUAAAAACCACUGGGCGCAGGUUGUGAAAAUCUUAGAGAAGCAUGACCCCUUGAAGAACACCCAGGCAAAAUAUGGGUUCAUCCCUCCAGAUGAGGCCAGUGCUGUACAGAACUAUGUAGAACACAUGCUCUUUUUGCUGAUUGAAGAGCAAGCCAGGGAUGCUGCCAUGGGGCCAAUCCUGGAAUUUGUGGUCUCUGAGAACAUCAUGGAAAAACUCUUCCUUUGGAGUCUGAGACGGGAGUUUACUGAUGAGACUAAAAUGGAGCAGCUAAAGAUGUAUGAGAUGUUGAUCACCCAGUCCCACCAGCCUCUGCUGCAUCACAAGCCCAUCCUGAAGCCCCUGAUGAUGUUGCUGAGCUCUUGUUCAGGAACAACCACCCCCACUGUGGAGGGGAAGCUGGUUGUCCUGCUCAAUCAGCUCUGUUCCAUUCUUGCCAAAGAUCCAUCCAUCCUGGAACUCUUCUUCCACACUAGCGAGGACCAAGGGGCUGCCAACUUCCUCAUCUUCUCUCUUCUGAUUCCCUUCAUUCACCGGGAGGGGACUGUAGGCCAGCAGGCCCGGGAUGCUUUGCUCUUCAUCAUGUCUCUCUCUGCUGAGAACAGCAUGGUGGCCCAUCACAUCGUGGAGAACACCUACUUUUGUCCAGUGCUUGCGACCGGGCUCAGUGGUCUGUACUCUUCCCUGCCUGCCAAGCUGGAAGAGAAAGACGAGGAAUGGCACUGCCUUCUGAAGGACGACUGGGUCCUGCUCCCUCCUCUGGUCCAGUUCAUGAACUCCCUUGAGUUCUGCAACGCCGUCAUUCAGGUGGCUCACCCCUUGAUUCGUAAUCAGCUCGUCAAUUAUAUUUACAAUGGAUUCUUGGUACCAGUCUUGGCUCCAGCUCUCCAUAAGGUGACUGUGGAGGAGGUCAUGACCACAACUGCAUAUCUGGACCUUUUUCUGCGUAGCAUCUCUGAGCCAGCACUACUUGAGAUCUUCCUCCGUUUUAUCCUGUUGCACCAGCAUGAGAACGUCCACAUCCUAGAUACUCUCACGAGCCGAAUCAACACCCCAUUUCGGCUUUGUGUGGUGUCCCUGGCAUUAUUUAGAACUCUCAUCGGUUUACAUUGUGAAGAUGUGAUGUUACAACUAAUUCUAAGGUAUCUGAUCCCUUGCAAUCACAUGAUGCUGAGUCAGAGGUGGGCUGUGAAGGAGAGAGACUGUUACUCUGUUUCUGCGGCCAGGCUGCUCGCCCUGACCCCCGUCUGCUGCUCCAGCGGGAUCACCCUGACGCUUGGGAACCAAGAGAGGGAUUAUAUUCUCUGGUCAAAGUGCACGCAUGAGAGUCCAGGGCCCUCGGAGCAGCUGCCCCCCGAGGCGUUCUCGCCGUCGGCCUGCAUCGUGGAGUACGGCAAAGCCUUGGACAUCAGCUACCUGCAGUACCUCUGGGAGGCCCACACCAACAUCCUCCGCUGCAUAAGGGAUUGCCACGUGUGGUCCGCCCUGUACGAUGGAGACUCCCCCGACCCCGAGGCGCUUUGCCCGGCUCUGCUGGGCCCGCCCGAGGAGAGGGCUCCCAGCGCCACCUACCCUGUGCUCAGCCUCCCGCAGCAGGUCCCCGGGACGACGGGGCCCCAGCUGGCUCCCGGAAAGGAGAAGAGCCACACGGAGCUGGAGUGGGACGACAGCUACGACACCGGGAUCUCCUCGGGGGUGGGUGGGGGCUGCCCUGGGCCGUAUGAGGAUGCAGAGAACUCGGGCCCCCCGGCCCCCGUGGAUCCUCCCAGACACAUCCAGGAGAUGAAGAAGAACGCCAUCCUGCUCUUCAAAGGGGCCUACAUCGAAGAGUCCGACUUCCAGGAUGACGUGAUGGUGUACAGGUUGUGUGCUGAGAAGGAUGCAGAGGACACCAGCGGUUCACGGGAGGAUGCCGCGAGGCCCCCAGCCCAAGCCCAGACCCAGGUCCAGGGUCCCCCCGUGAGCAACGGCCCCUUGCCCGGCCCUCAGCCAGAGACAGAUUCAGAGGAGGAACAUGGUAGGGAUGAUUCGGACGUGUUUCACGGUGUGUCCAAGGAACCAGAAGGAGAGAACGAGCCCGAAGUCGCCCUGGAGUCAAGCCCCGAGUUAGCGGCCCCCAACCCCGAGGCAGAGCACGGUGCACGCCUGACAGUGGCUAACCCCGAGGGUGAAGAUUUCAUUGCCCAGUAUGACCAAAUCAUUAAGGAACUGGAUUCCAGCACCGAGGGCUUGAUGGAGCAGAAUUUCUCCUCUCCUGACCCGUUGCUUCUUACAAAGGAGCCCGAAGAGGAGGAAAAUGAGAGCAAAGGAGAAGAAGAAGAGGGGAAGAAGGAACCAGAAGGGGAGGGGGAUGACUUUGACUCUUUCAUAGCUGAGGCUCCUGCCGCAGAGACCCCGCCGUCCCCGUUUGGAGCGAGAGAUGAGGCUGCCUUUGCCGGUCACCGUCCCGCGAGGACUCAGAGCACCCCAUUCACAGGCCCGUUCAUCAGCGUGGUCCUGUCCAAGCUGGAGAACAUGCUGGAGAACUCUCUGCACGUGAAUUUGCUGCUCAUCGGCAUCAUCACGCAGCUGGCCAGCUACCCGCAGCCCCUCCUGCGCUCCUUCCUGCUCAACACCAACAUGGUCUUCCAGCCCAGCGUGCGCUCCCUCUACCAGGUCCUCGCAUCUGUGAAGAACAAGAUUGAGCAGUUCGCCUCUGGGGAGAGAGACUUCCCCGGCCUCCUCAUCCAAGCCCAGCAGUACCUGCUCUUCCGCGUGGACCUGUCCGACCCGAGCCCUGAGGCACCCACCAAAGUUUCAGAUCCCGUUCAGGACGCCUCCAGGACAGGGAGCAGCCGGAGUUUUCUGGAUGGCCCCCCACGAGUGCUUCAGCCCUUCCUGACAAACAGAGCCAAGGUGGCCGGGGUGCCCCCCAGCCUGCCCCCGCCCGUGCGGGACACCAUGCUGGCGGCCGCCCUCUUCCCCGAGUUCCUGAAGGAGCUGGCUGCCUUGGCCCAGGAACACUCCAUUCUCUGCUGCAAGAUCCUGGGCGACUCGGAUGACAGCUACUGUUAGCUUUUUCUUUUCAAAUAGAGGUUCUUGUUUUUUUUAAAGUUUUAGUGCCGUGACUGAACGUUAAAUGCAAAGCUGCUUACAGACACCUCUACUUUGAGACUUCCUGACGAUACUUGAUACAUGGGGAGGGGGGUUUUCUGUGCGCCUCCUCUCCCCAGCCGGAUCUUCCCACCUUGUACCCCCUAGAAUCUAAGUCUUGGCUCAGUUUUUCCUCCUCAGAGUUCUUGGUCCUUAUUCUCCCAUCCCUCGGAGUCAGUCAGCUUGCAGCUUAGAUCACACCCAGCGAACACUGGGAGGCAGUGAUUUCUGGAGGUGCCCACCUCACAAGGCCCUUCAACAGCACGUAAGAACGCACACCUGCCCCUGUGGCCUACUGCGUCGUGGCUUCUGUCUUCUUAUUAAGAGAAGAAUAAAGAUGGAGCCCUUCUUGCCUCCGUCACACAAGCACACAGCAUCCGUCCCUUUGCAUUUUACUUCCAAGACUUGUAUUCCGCCCAACACGUGUUGCCUUACAGCGCAGGCAAAUCCACUGGUCUCAGCUCUCUGCCUGGGAAGUCAGAUGUAGUUGGAGAGAAUUUGGAAUGCAGGGAAACGUUCUUGUUGCUCGAGAGCUUUCUUUGCUCAGUAUAUCACUACCUAAACACUGAAAAUAGCCUUAUUUUAGUAAGAUUUGCACAAGAUGAACUAUGCCUAUGCAAAAUGUUACUUUGGCUUUUAGGACUUUGAUCGGUGUGAACAAAGCGUGGUAUAUGCUUAUGUAAGAAGACAGCCAUCAUUAUUUUUUUAAGUGUUUUAUGAAAAACAAACUGGUUCAUCUGUGA